AAGAGCUUGAAGGGGCAGGACAAUGAUAGGCAGGGAUGAGAGGGAGCCAAUGGCAAGAUGGAUCGUGAAGUAGCGAGCCUUGGCAAGGGACCAUAUAAAAAUCAGCGGAGCCACAAACUUCACCCUGAGGAGCGUUUCUAACGUGAGGGAACAAGAAGAGAGGAGCCUGCAACAUGAACCUAGUCAUGAAGUGGCUGAUUCUUCUCUGUGGCUGCUGCAUCUCACCAACGAUCACCUUGAAAAGGCUUCAUCUCCAUAAAAUGCCAUCCAUUCGCCAGACCCUGCACCAGAUGGGACUGAAUCCGACCGCUGUCUUUGGGGAGGGUAACAAGAUGAAUAUACACAACGGCACAUCCCCGACAAUGCUGACCAACUACCUGGACACCCAAUACUUUGGGGAGAUCAGCAUUGGGACCCCACCACAGACCUUCAAAGUCAUCUUUGACACGGGAUCUGCCAAUCUCUGGAUACCCUCUGCCAGAUGCUCAUCCAGCUAUGCCGUCUGUGAAUCCCAUGACAGAUACAACUCCUCCAUGUCAACAACCUAUGAAGCCAAUGGAAAAGGAUUUGCUAUUCACUACGGAACUGGUAGUGUGAGGGGCGUUCUCAGUCAAGAUAUUGUGAUGGUGGCCGAUCUUCCGGUUAUCCAGGUCUUUGCCGAAGCCACCUCGUUGCCUACCAACCCGUUCAUCUUCGCCAAGUUCGAUGGGGUGCUCGGGAUGGGGUUCCAGAGCAUUUCUAUCGACAACAUCAAACCCGUGUUUGAGCAGAUCCUGGACCAACAUGUCCUCAGUGAAGACGUCUUCUCAGUCUACUACAACAGGGAUUCGCACCAGAAAACCGGUGGUGAACUCAUCCUGGGCGGCACCGACCCGUCUUACUACACCGGAGAAUUCCACUACCAGAACCUGGUGAAGAAAGGCUUCUGGCAAAUCGGCAUGAAGGGAAUUUCCAUCGACGGGGAACUAACUCUGUGCACUAAUGGGUGUGCUGCCAUUGUAGACACGGGUUCAUCCUACAUCAGUGGGCCGGCUGCAGAUAUCUUGACCAUAGUCAAUGCCAUCGGGGCCACGCUGCUGCCAGAGAGACCGUUUACCGUUGACUGCGACAAAAUCCAUACCUUGCCUCACAUCUCGUUCAACCUAGGAGGAAAGAAUUACCUGAUGAAGGGGGAGGACUACAUUAUGAAGGAGUCUCAAUACGGGGUGGAGGUGUGCACCGUUGCCUUUGAAGGGCGUGACAUCGCUCCACCAACUGGGCCUCUGUGGGUCCUUGGUGCCAGCUUCAUCAGCCGAUACUACACCGAGUUCGACCACAAGAACCACAGAAUAGGCUUUGCCCAGGCGGUUUAAGCCAGGACGAGGCGAGACCUCCCACGGCAAACCUCGGUGACGGUGCCAUUCACUUUCACACGGUUCGUGCCGCGGCAGGUCAACUUUCACGCCUGGAGCCGGCAACACGACGGCAUGAUCCAAAUGAGGGCACAGGCAUGAGACAAAGUGGUUUAGUACCUUCCACUGGUCUUACACUUCCCAAUAAUCGAUAUUGUUAUUAUUAAUGUUUUAUGUGUCACUCUAUGCCAUGUUGUCACUUGCGGGCGGAGCACCAAGGCAAAUUCCUUGUAUGUGAAUACUUGGCCAAUAAACUUAUUCAUUCAUUCAUUCAAUGUAUUUAAUCACUAGUUUAGUUUAGUUUAGAAAUACAGUGUGGAAACAAGCCCUUCGGCCCUCCCGAGUCCAUGCCGACCAGCGAUCCCGCACUCUAUCCUAAACAGUGAAAAGCAACGAUACAUACAGCACAUAAAAUAAAAUUUAACAUAAACAUCCGCCACAGUGGAAUCAACAUUCCCCACUGUGAUGGAAGGCAAUAAAGUUCAGUCAUCUUCCUCCUUGGUGGUGGUCGGGGCCUUUGGUUUAGUUAAAGAGAUACAGCAUGGAAACAGGCCCUUCGGCCCAACCGAGUCUAACACUCACUAGGGACAGUUUAACUUUAUAGUUUAAGUUAAAUUCAUGAAGGGUUCAGGCAGAUAGUAACAUUUGGGGGAAGGGUCAAGGACAAAAAAAUAAAAAUAAAAAAUAAAAAAGUCAGGGUGAUAUGAUUAGUUUUGCGUACUAGCCAGGGUAUGCAAAGAAGGGCCACAUAAAGGGCGUCAACUAAGUUACAAAGUAUCCCACGCCACCA